AUGGACUACUUAGAAUGGGUGGAUGAGCUUGAAAGACGCCUAUCGGAUCUCAAUCACACCACAUUGGAUCCGUCAUCGCCAGCAGACAUGUCACCACCAAAGAAGUCCUCCAAGUACAACCUCCGCAACGUGGUCCACGACGAGCCGCUUCUCGCCUCCGAGCGCGAAAUGAACCAAGACAGGUUGCGCACCUACGAGAACCUCUCAUACUCCCAGGUGCUUGACAAUAAGCGGCUGUGCUUCUCUCCUGCCUGGGUCCGCAAUGCUCUUGGUUGGUGCGCGAAGCAUCAGGUCUCCGCCCACUGCCUUCCACAGGGCCCGAAGGAGUUGAUCGCCUACAUGGAUGCCGUCGGCUGGACCGUCUCCGAUUCGGAGCUGUUCGAGAUCCUCGCUAAGAAGCUCCUUGCCUGGACGCAGCGCUGGAUUACCAACGAGAAGCUCUCGCCUGCCAUGGUCGAGACCAAACGCAACCCCACGCAGAGGUGCCUGGCAGACUGGGAUGCUACCUGGGCCGAUUAUACCCUCGCCUGGAUCGAUCCCGCCUUCGACUUUGUCCUCGGCCAAACUUCUGUGGAGCGCCCCAAGGGUACUCCGAGCUUGCCCUCGAGAAAGCCGCAUCCGCGCUCGUACAAAGCUAUCGAUGCCCUGGUCGAGGGCGCGACCGAGUAUCUUGAAUGCGUCGGCCCUGAACACGAACCUAAGGCUGAAUCUGAGGCUGAGUACUUCGAGUACGAGUCGGAUGCCGAGGUGAACCCAGAGAUGGAGGAGGAGAUGGAGAUGGAGGAGAUGGAGACAGUUGCGGAGAAGGCCGCUGAAGCCCAGGCACAGAAGGCCGCCGUGGCCCAGGCCAAGAAGAACGCUGAAGCCCUGGCACAGAAGGCCGCCGAAGCCCUGGCAAAGAAGGCCGCCGAAGCCGAGGCACAGAAGGCCGCUGUGGCCCAGGCCAAGAAGACCGCUGAAGUCCAGGCAAAGAAGGCUGCCGAAGCCAAGGUCGCCAAAGCCAAGGCGCUGGAGGCCCAUGUAUCCCGGACGAUCUUCGACGCAGCCGUGUCCCACCCACUCUUCGAAGACUGGCACUACGGAGAACAGGUCGAAAUCACCAGCUACGACGAGGCCAUAUUCGAAUCGGCUAAGCGACUCGAGCACUUCAAGCGCUGGUGGCAGGAGCAUCUGUCGGAGAAGAAGCAGGCCGACAGCGAGGACCAGGCGAACGCGGCGAAGGAGCAGGCCGACGCGCAGAAGCAGGCGCAGAACCUGCUUGUCUACAACGCCAUCUUGAAGUUGAAAGCGGAGAAGAAGGCCGCUGAGCUGGAGGGUGCCUUUGAGCCACUCGCCCCGUCACCGCCGCCGCGGACAACGACACCAAAGCGACCAUUCGAAGGUCCUCCUCGUAAAGUCCAGCAUGCGCCGAUGGAGGCAUGUCAUCGCCAAUCGCACGUCGGAAAAACAACUGCCGUCGCCUUCACUUCCUGGGUUCCGAAACAGGGGUACGCGGACAACAUCGCGGAAAUCGACUACGUGUCCUACGACUAUGACUUCUACCCGUUCUGGGACGAUCUGGAUCGACCACACCACGGUGAAGGUUGCAUUCAUGCUUCACUGACGACGUUCAUGCGCGGAGACACGAGCGGCACCGACCUCUACGUCUUCCACGCUUGGCUCGGGUCGAGAUCCUUUGUCAACCGAGAUCGGAGAUCCUCCUGCCAUAUCUUCGAACCUUCUGUACGGGAGGGAGCCUUGUGGCGCAGAUCAGGCGUGGUUUUCGGCGACUGUCCGAAGGAGGGAGAUGAGGUGGUCACGGCACGACGGCUGGAAAACGACGAUCAGCUGAAUUUCUUGAAUCCAACCAGAAUAUACAGCGCGCCUGCAUUCAGGAUGGAGCAAGGAGCAGUGCCAUUGAGACUCGGGCCACGAGCAACGAGGUGCCAGAUGCUGCUACGGUGGAUUUGGACGACUGCAACCAACCUCUCCAAGUCGAGGCCUUCAAAUAGACCGUGGAGUCGUGGAGGAUACGCCGGUCACGAAGACAACUACUGGGAGAAAGCUAGGAUAUGCGUGCGUGUCGGAUGUCGCGAUAUCGAGGAAUGCAGGCAAGACUGCCAUACCCAGUCGACGCAGUUCGAUCCGCCCAAAGCAUAA